GCAGCAGUUACUGGUAUACUGGAUAACCUAAAGGAAUUGGAUUAACAUAAAACUGUACUCCUGGGAACCUUGGUUUUCUCUGAAAUUCUUGUUGUGGUUUGUGAAACAUUGAUUGUUCUAUCUCAGAUUGCAAUCAUGCCUGGCUCUGGAACACCUGCUCCGCCUAACAAGAGGAAGCAGUCUUCUAAAAUCAUCACAGACCUUUCAAAAAUCUCACAGUAUGAUCAGGAAGAUGAGAAAGCUGAAACCGAACUGGACCUUGGGACCAAAAUCAAGGCCCCUAAAGACGUUAUGUUGGAGGAACUGUCCCUCAUGAAAAACAAGGGCUCCAAAAUGUUUCAGAUGAGACAGCAAAGGGUGGAGAAAUUCAUCAUCAGUGCCGAGAACCAGCAAAACCUGCAGGUCCUAGCUCCUCCUCUGGGCUGUGAGAUGCCAACUCCACCUGCUCCAUCUCCCAAACCUGAUCCACCUCAAGAGGAAGUAAAUACUGAGGCAGAGAAGGAAGAGAAGGAAGAGAGAAGACGCGAGUAUGCUAAAGCAUACGUAUCGCCAUGGGAACACGCUAUGAAAAAUGAUGAGGCACUUAAAGAAACCAUGAAGUUUAAAAUGCCAGGGCCUCAAGUUCACGAGGACCUUCCCAAAUACAAAAGCUUCAACAAAACGGCUCUUCCUUUCGGAGGAAUUGAAAAGGCAUCUCUUGUGACCUUUGAGACCCCUGAGGUCAACGUCACCAAAGAGGAACCUCUGCCUGAGUCUACUAUGCAGUAUAACCUUUGCAGUCGGCCUUCUUUCAACCGCACUCCAAUUGGCUGGGCAUGCAAUGAGGAACACAGCCACAUCAACAUCGAAUUGGAUACCUUACCCUUUGACGGAGAAACUGAUGACCUUUGAGAAAUCAGCCUGUCAUAUGCUGAAUAACGCAGACAUGUACAUACUUACAUUAUGGCUAAUGCAUUAAUGUAUACACACAUGUACACACAGACAAAUAGGGACCUUAUGCACUUUUACUCACAGCUGGCAAAGAAAGAACUAUAGCAAAUUAGUAUUUAUUUACAUGAGAGGCUUAUAACUGUUGGCAGUAGUUAGCACAUUGUUUUGUGUGCUGUUCUCACGUAUGAAAACCCAUUUCCUGCAAUGACCCUAUAAUGAUAGACAUUACAGUGGGAUAGACAUAAAAAGUUCAAAUG